CUAAGUUAAAUUUUUAACCAAAAGCAGCACACAAAACGUGGUUUUGAAAGAAAAGAUGGAAUAGCGUUUUAGCUCCAAAACAAACAAGCGUAUCACACAAGGAAUACCAAGAGUCCAAAACUUCAAACAACAUACAAACAGAACCACCGAGUAACGUAAAACUCUCAAUCUCUCACCGUCCAUCACAUGCCAAAUUCGUUACAUCAACAAACAACCAAUCAAAACCCAUCAUUCCCCCACUCACACGCUACACGCGACGCACAGAAUCACUCCCCUCCACCUUCUUCAAGAAAACGAACACAACGCUAUUGCCAUUGCUAUUAUUCAGUACUAUCACACUCUCUUCACCAAAAUUGUGCAUUGCUUUCACUCUCAAUCUCUCAGAUUCAUCUUCUUUAGGUCUUGCAUCGUCAACAAUGGAGUCAGAAGUUAAUAUGUUACAAUCUAAACGCUCAGCUCCUAACGGUAUUUCUCCUCAGGGACGUAAAAGACUGAAAUUAUCUAGUGAAAGCUUUCCAUACUCAUCACAUGAUAAAGCCAUACCAGAGGCACCAAAUAACUCACCACAUGUCGAAGACCCUCUAAAGUGCUUAGAAACUGGAAGAUUUGGAAGUGUCACAAAGGACAUCGAGGCCCUUAUAACCCGAAAAAUGCAAGUGCUGGGCCCUUUCUUUGCAAGAUUUCCCAAACUUGUAACUCAAGAAUUGAAAGUAGCAGUGGAUCGCGAUGAAGAAAUUGAUAAGUUGGAAAACAAAAAAGGUAUCGUUAUGUCACAAGAAAAGGUCAUAGAUUUGAAAGAAGAGCACAUUAAAAAGGAUGCUACUGCAGCACAGCAUGUUGUGAUUAUUGAUUCGGAUGAGGAAGAUGAUAGAAAUGUUAAAUCUUCACUUCCAUUUAAUGAAGCAGUGUUGCUGAAAUCACUUCAUUCUCCUGCAUUGAAGAUGACGACUGGGUGUCAUGCUCCCAUUGCUUACGAUGGAGAAAGUGAAGAUCUAAAAUUUGUUCCAGCUUUGGCUGCUAAAGAUAAGACUCAGACAGAUAAAGGUGUUUAUGUUGGUGUACAAGAGGAAGAAGAUCAUGAGCACACUAAGAAAGAUGCUUCUGCAGCACAGCCUGUUGUAAUUAUUGAUUCGGAUGAGGAAGAUAAUAGAGAUAAAAAAUCUUCUCUUCCAUUUAAUGAAGUAAUGUUGCCGAAAUCACUCCAUUCUCCUGCAUUGAAAAUGAUUGGGCAUCCUGCUCCCAUUGCUUACCAUGGAGAAAGUGAAGAUCUAAAAUUUGAGGCAACUCUGGCUGCUAAAGAUAACACUCAGAGAGAUAAAGGUGUUUAUGUUGGUGUACAGGAGAAAGAAGAUCAUGAGGUUGAUAAUGAAGAUGAUGGGCUAGAAGAUAUUUGGAGGGAAAUGUCAAUGGCAGUAGAAUGUUCUAAAGAUGUUUCUGUGAAUCCUCCGCCUGAGGAAGAAGUUGAAAAAGAUGCCGACUGCGAUCAUUCUUUUGUUUUGAAAGAUGAUCUUGGUUAUGUUUGUCGCGUCUGUGGGGUCAUUGACAGAGGAAUUGAAACCAUAUUUGAGUUCCAGUACAAGGUUAAAAGGAGCACAAGAACUUACAUGGCUGAUUCCUGGAAUGGUAAAGCAAAAACUGAUGCAUAUGGAAUUAAGAUUGCUGAAGAUGACAUCACCUUAUCUGAAAUCUCAGCACAUCCUAGGCAUAUGAAACAAAUGAAGUCUCACCAAAUUGAAGGAUUCAAUUUUCUGGUCAGAAACCUCGUAGGUGACAAUCCCGGGGGGUGCAUCUUGGCCCAUGCUCCAGGAUCUGGGAAGACAUUCAUGAUAAUCAGUUUCAUGCAAAGUUUUCUUGGAAAGUACCCAAAUGCUAGACCUCUAGUGGUGCUUCCCAAGGGUAUUCUAUCUACUUGGAAAAAGGAGUUUCAGACAUGGCAAGUGGAGGACAUACCACUUUAUGAUUUUUACUCUGCGAAGGCAGACAGUAGAUCUCAGCAGUUGGAAGUUUUGAAACAAUGGGUAGAACGGAAGAGCAUCCUUUUCUUGGGGUACACGCAGUUCUCUUCAAUAAUGUGUGAUACUAGUACUAGCACCUCAUCGGUAUCUUGCCAGGAAAUAUUACUUCAGCAACCUUCAAUUCUCAUUUUAGAUGAAGGACAUAAUCCACGGAAUGAAGAUACCUAUAUAGUGCAGUCGCUUGCAAGGGUGCAGACGCCUAGAAAAGUCGUACUGUCAGGAACCUUGUAUCAGAACCAUGUGAAAGAGGUAUUUAAUAUCUUGAACCUGGUACGGCCAAAGUUUAUGAAGAUGGAAAGAUCAAGGCUCAUUGAAAAGCGCAUUCAUAGCAGAGUAAAUAUAUCUAGCAAGAAAAAUUUCUUUGAUUUGGUUGAGGAUACUUUGCAGAAGGACCCAGAUUUUACAAGGAAGAUUUCUGUUAUAAAAGAUUUGCGUGAAAUGACAAGCAAGGUGCUUCACUAUUACAAAGGAGAUUUUCUUGAUGAGCUUCCUGGUCUGGUUGAUUAUACUGUUCUUCUUAACCUUACCCCAAAGCAGAAGCAUGAAAAGGAGAAAUUAAAGAACACAUCUGGAUUUGGAAAGUUCAAGAAAUCUUUUGUGGGAAGUGCGCUGUAUCUUCACCCUAGAUUGAAGCCUGUCGCGGAAAAAAAAAGUGGUGAAAACUGUGUAUCUGAUCAAAUGGUGGAUGAUCUGAUAGAGAAAUUGGAUGUGAAAGAUGGGGUGAAGUCAAAAUUCUUCCUGAACAUUCUAAACUUGUGUGAAUCAUCUGGGGAGAAGCUUCUGGUGUUCAGCCAAUAUCUCUUACCAAUGAGAUUUUUAGAGAGGUUAGUUAUGAAAAGGAAAGGUUGGAGUGUUGGGAAAGAAAUCUUCGAAAUCUCAGGGGAUUCUAGCUCUGAGCAAAGGGAGUUGUCCAUGUACAAAUUCAACAAUUCACCUGAUGCCAAAGUCUUAUUUGGCUCAAUCAAGGCUUGUGGAGAGGGCAUAUCCUUGGUUGGGGCAUCCCGAGUACUUGUUUUGGAUGUUCAUCUGAACCCAUCAGUUACUCGUCAAGCUAUUGGCCGUGCAUUCCGACCAGGGCAGACAAAGAAGGUCUUUGUGUAUCGAUUGAUAGCUGCUGAUUCUCACGAAGAGGAUGAUCACCUGACUUGUUUCAAGAAGGAAUCAAUUUCUAAGAUGUGGUUUGAAUGGAAUGAGUAUUGUGGUGAUCAAGCUUUCAAGGUUGAGAACGUCAGUGUGAAAGAAUGUGGUGAUCUGUUCCUUGAGAGUUCGAUGUUAGGAGAAGACGUACAAGCUCUAUAUAAAAGGUAGAUUGUGGCUUGCAGUGGACAUCAGAAAUGUACAGGGUAGACUGGUGGCAUUUAUGGUGCACAUUUUUAUCAUCGUACCGUAUUUUGAUACUUCAGAGAGUGGCCUAAUUUACUUAGUUGUCUUUGCUCUUUGUACUCAUGUGAUCCAUCUUCCUCACUCAUGAGUGAGGGGAAGCUGUACAGAGCAUUAACUUUUCUUAACUUGUUAGUAUUGCAGUAAUCCCGUAGUCCUCACUCUUUGGUUAAUGGAUUUUGGUUGCAAUUAAUUAUAUGUGCAGAUGUGCUUGACUGCUUGUUCAUAAAGCCAUAUACUCAUGUUAUUUUUUAAUUUUGCUGGUUUGCAAUGGAGUGGAGGAACUGCUGUUGUUUUAAUUACUGCCAACAAGUCUGAUAUAUAUAGCUGAUAUAGGUAUA